AUGAGCCUCCAAGACAUUGUUUUCAGACCUAAAAGAGAGAAGCUUGUGCAUGUCUUGGAGUUAUCAAUGCCUUCCACUAUGCAGGGAAAGGAGCGAUUUUAUCUGUGCAUUACAGUUACCAGAGAAAAAGAUGUGAAAAUCACUUAUUUGAUCACUGUAGAGGAGAAGACAAGCAUUCAGUACAAAAUCGAUUGUAUGUGGCUGCUGAAAGAUCUAACCUUGAUAGAUGGAAAAGAGGCCAUGCAAGAUUACCCGAAAUUUGACAUGCAUUUUGAACAUGUUUAUAGCUGGGAAGCCUUCAGCACUGCAGCCAAAUAUGCGUUUACACGGUGCAUACGGAAAAUGAGUAAAAUUCACUACAGAAGGGACAUUGAGUUUGUGAAUUUUGACGACGAUUAUUUGAGCGACACUGGACUCUUCCAACGACAGAAGCUGGACCUUUUCUAUGCCUGCGGCUUUUGUCAGCGGAUGGCUGUCCUGCAAAUGAACGCCUCUGAAGUUCAGCCAUCGCCAGUGCAAGGGGCCAACCUGAGAGAAACAGAGCUAGAGAGAGCUAAAGAACAUGCAAAAGCUUUCCCAGCUAUCUGGCUUAAGGGGUAA